AGCGCAGAGUACGGUCACCAACAUCGCUAUUCCAACACUAGGAAUAAUUAGUCCCAAUAUUAGCCCCUACUUUAUCUUAAGAAUACUGCACAAUGAAAGAAUGUAUGAGUAAACGCCACUUAUUCGUGUUAUCAAAGUCUUUCGCUUAUCAGUCUGCUUUGUUUCGUGACAGCGUCCGUUCGGGCCCAUCCGAAGUGAUGCGCUUGCCACGGAUGAUGGCCACGGAUGAUGGCCGGGGCCGCGACUUGGCGAGUAUGGCUACUAGAGAUGUUGCCGCCUUUGAUUCGCGGUGUCUGGUAAAUUUUUGAUGCAAAGGGGCCCUACUGCUGCCUGCAAAUGUUGGAAUGUGCUCAAAGACUGCGAUUGGAUGCCUGUUCCGGCCACCGUUGCACCACCUUUCCAAUGCAAUGUUGCCGGUCAGCUAUUGGGCGCACGCAAACGCACUGACACGCACUUGCAGCAGGCAGCACUUUUAGGCAUCAAUCAAGCCGCCUCACCUCGCCGGCGGCGUGGUCAAAGACACGAGACCACCCUUCCCAAAACAUUUCUUUACUGCCCGCAACUAUACCUCCAAAGGCACCCAUUGGUCAUUCGCUCUCCCAACAAACCUAGCGUUGGUUUCCCCAAGGUCUACAACGACACAUACUACCAGGUACCGUCGGGGAAAAUGGCACCGAAAAACAGCACCAUGGCAGAGAGGGCUCCCACGGCCGCUGAGACAAAGGAGGAUGCUUGCUUCGGUAAAUCACCUUUUACUUCAACGUCUAUGGUUACACUCCGUUUCAAACAAGGCGACCUCCUGAACGUCCACCCGGCCAUCCUCUACCGAAAUCCGAAGCUAGCUCUGCUCGAUACUUCAAAGCAGAACAGCUGGUCAUUCCCUAAACCUCCAUCCCUAAGCCACAUCUCGCGCGGCGCAGGCCACGUUCUCGUCCACUACCUCUAUACCGACUCCUACCGGACGCUGGAUUGGACGGGCCCUACAACUGUUCACGACGAGGCGAUUGCCAAGCUCAGGACGGGCUUCGAAGUCUACGCCACCGCACGCCAGUUCGAGCUCGAUCGGCUGGAAGAGCUCGCCAAGGAGCAGAUCUCGCUCCUCAGCAAGGAGGUCGACCCCUUUACCAUCCUCAACGUGGUUAGCGAGGCGUACCCCACGUCGACCAACAAGGACACAUGGUUUCCGACUUACAUGAAGGCGGUUGUCAAGACGGCAUUCGAGGGCUCAGAGGCACUUCCAAAGUCCGAAGCAUCCGAAAACGAGCGCGAAGACGGUAUUCCCACUGCAAGAAUCCUCCUUAGGGGCGCUGUAGAGAUCUAUCGCGAGAUGGUGGAAGCGCUAGCCGUCAAGAACAUGCCCGUCACGCUGGAGAAACCUGUACCGGUGCCCCCCCGGGAUGAAGAAAACACGUGGGGUCUCGAAACGGCCAACAAGGACAAGAAGGCGAGGUAUGCCAUGGAACCGGAGCCCGAGCCGUAUGCCGGACCAGCUCCAGAAGCUGAACCCGAGCCAGAGGUCGGACCCGUGCCGGACGACGGACAUGCGUUAAUACCAGAGCCCUCCCAGCAGGAGGAUAUUGUGUGGGACUUUACAACAGCCAAGAAGAGCAAGAAGGACAAGAAGGACAAGAAGAAGAAGAGCAAGAAGGGCGCUGUCGAAUCCGAACCCGAGCCCGAACCCGCGCCCGUACCCGAGCCGACGGCCGAGAAGGAGGACAACACAACCGCCAGCAGCACAGCCGCCAGCAACACAACCGGCGCCUGGAGCAUUUUCGGGGUCAGCAGGAGCACGACAACUGGUACCCCAUUCGGCGGCACGACGAAUGCCGCGGCUGUUGGCGGCCCCCCCGGCACCGCCUCCCCCGCGUUCACCCCGACGACAGAUAAGGAAGUUGGCGAUCCGUACCACAGCAUCAGUUUCCAAAACAACCUGUUCAUGGACGCAUAUAAGGGGUGGUCCGGCGAGGAACUCCGCUUGGCAGAUUACAGCCAGGGCCACAAGCAAGGAAGCAGCGCAGGCGGUGGAACAGGCGCAUCUGGGGCGUCCCUGUUUGGGAAAACUGGAUUCGGAUCGAGCAAGUAGAGGGCAGGGCUCGUGCUAGCGCGAGAGUUGUAGCGGUAUGCUGGUGGUAGCUGGUGGUAGUAGAUAGGGAAAGUAGCGGAGCAGGAUUUCAUGUAAGUGCAUGGUGGCUUGCGCAGGGUGGCUUGCGCAGGGGUCAAAAGUCGGGUAAUCCUCAACGGGAUAUUUCCGCUGCCACGAG